AUGGGUGAGCAAAAAAAAGAACCUUGUAUGUAUAUUAACAAUAAAAUUGAAUUAAAUAAAAAUAAUAAUGUUAAAACAAAAAAUAUAAAAAAAAGAAAAUUAUUAAAAAACGAUGAAACUAAUAUACUAAAAUACGAUAAGUUAUAUUCUUAUCUAAAUAAAAAUGAAAAAAAAAGUUUAUUACAAGAAUGUUUAUUAAAAAACACAACUUCUAAUAAGUCAUAUGCUAUUCAAAUAUUUUCUGAAAAAUUAAAAAAAUAUGAUUUAGAUUUAGAGCUAAAUAAUAGUAAAUUAUAUAUUUCAAUAAAAUUCAUCGAAUGUGUUGAUGUAAUAUCAAAAUUUUUAAAAAAUGAGUUUUAUUUUAAAAAGAAAAAGAAUGAAAAUGUUAUUUUACUAUUAGCAAAAAAAUAUGAAAUCUCCGAAAUCUUAUUAAGGAGCAUAUAUUUAAAAGAAAAAAUUCAUGAUUUUUUCAAAAAUGACAAUAAAAUUGAUGAAUGUUUUAUUAAAAAUAAUUUUAAAAAGAACUAUGAGUCAUAUAAAAAUGUUGUAACUCAGAAUUUUUUUCUUUUUAAAAAUAAUUUUUCAAAUAAUAUAAAAAAUAAAAAAGAUAAAACAUAUGAUAAGAAUAAUUCAAAAUAUAAUACGAGAAAUCUAAAUUACCAGGUAACUAAUGAGACAAAUAAUAUAAAUGAUAUAGGAGAUAAUUUAUUAAAUAAUCAAAAUAAUAAAAGUGCAUCUAACAGGCAAAAAUUAUAUACUGAAAAUAAUUUAGACAAUUCAAAAUUUAAUGUUUUACAAAAAAAGUAUAAAAAAAAUAUAAAGAAUAAUGAAAAAAAAAGAGAAAAAGUAACACAAAGCAGAGAAAAAAAAACUACUGUUAAAAAAAAAAAAAUAAUUAAAAAUAAAAAUAAUUAUAAACUUAAAAAAGGAAAAGAUGAUCUUGAAAAAAGAAAACUAUUAAAAAAGAAAGAAAAAAAUACAGAAAAAAUAAAUAAUGAAAAUUAUGAUGUAUCUGAUGAGAAAUAUGUAAAUAAAGAAGAUUUAACGUGUAAAACCAAUUUAAUAGAUAAAAAAAAAGCAGAGAAGAAUAACUUGAGUAAUGCAAUUCUAAUAGAUGGAGAAAAUAACAAAAUAAAAUCAAUUAACGAUUAUUCGAUAGAGGAAAAAGAACAAAAACAUAAUGAGAAAGAAAGAAAAUUAAGAGAAAAAGAAGAAAAAAUGAAAAAAAAAGAACAAACAAAAAAGGAAAAGGAAAAAAAAAUUAGGGAAAAAGAAGAAAAAAAAAAAAGUAAAGAAGAAAUAAUAAUGAAAAAAAACGAGCUAUUAAGAUAUGAAAAAGAAAAAAGAAAAAAAAUAAAAGAGAAAAAGAUCAGAGAAAAAGAGGAAAAGAAAAAAGAAAGAGAAAGAGCAAAAAAAGAAAAAGAAGAAUUAAUAAGAAAUGAAAAAGAAAAAAAAAAAAUAAUAAGAGAAGAAAAAAAAAGACAAAAAGAGGAAUUCUUAAGAAAAAUGAAAGAAGAAAAGAAAAAAGUUAAGGAAGAAAAAAAAAAAUUGAAAGAAGAAAUUCUAAAAGGUAUAAAAGAAGAAAGAAAAAAAUUUAAAGAAAUAAAGUCUGAAUAUAAAAAAAUUAGUAGAAAAGAUCAUGAUCUUUCUAAAAGGAAAAUAGACAAAUUAAAGAAAGAGAAAGAAAUUAAGAUAAAUAAGAAUCAAUCUAAAACCUAUAUUGAUAAGAAUAAAAAGAAAAAAGAAAUAAUACUAAUUGGUAGGAAAAAAAACAGUUUCAAUAAAGAUAUAACUUUUUGUGAUAAUAAAAAAAAUAAAAAGAAUGUUGUACCAUCUGUUAGUAGUUUCACUCAUGAAAAUUUAUCAAUAGAUAAGGACUCCUAUAAUAUAAUUAAAAACAAUGAAAUGAGUACUGAUAUAAAUGAAAGAGAAAACGUAAAUAAAAAUAUAAAUAUUUUAUAUGAAAACAAUAGUGAAAAUACAAAGGAUGUGGGGGGGAAAAAAAAAGAGGUACACAAAUAUAGUAGAAAAAAUAAGGUUAGAGGUAGAGAACACUUACAUGAAAUAAAUAAAAAAAGUGCAGACAAUGAUAUAUAUGAGGAAUUAAAUAAAAAAAACACUUAUAAAAUGAAAAGAAAAGAAUAUUCGAUUUCCAUAGAAACUACAAAUAAUUUGCUUAUAAAAAGAAAAAAAGUAAAAAAAGACGAUAUUGAAACAAGUGAGAUUAAUAAUUUGUUAAAUUGUUGUGAAAAGAAAAAGAGCAUAAUAGAAAUACCUAAUAAUGUAAUAGACAAAAAAAGAGCAAAGAAAAUUGUAUCAUAUAAGCAUGAGCUUAAGGAUAAAAAAAAAAAAAAAAAAAAAAUAUCCUUAUUUGGAAAUGUGAAACCAGUAGAUAUCAUAAAAAGAGGAAUAGAUGCUUAUCAAAUUCUAGAAAAUGAAGAAAAUUUAUAUACUGAUGUUUUAAUUAUAGGUGCAGGGGUAUCUGGAUUAGCUGCUUCGUAUUAUUUAAAUAAAUGUGGAGCAAAAAUUUUGGUAAUUGAAGGGAGAAAUAGAAUAGGAGGAAGAGCUUUUUCAACAGUUUUACCUGAAAGAAUUAUAAAUAAUAAAAUAUUACCAGAAACGGUUGUUGAUUUAGGUGCAAAUUAUCUACAUUGUUGUGAUAACUCGGAUUUAUCUAAUGAAAAUAAAACAGAAAAAACGGAAAACAUGAAUAAUAUAAAAACAUUAGAAGAAAUACUUGAAGAAGAUAUAUUUAGUGGAGGAGAAUUAAAAUUAAAAGAAAAAAAAGGAAAAAAGAAAAAAAGGGUAAAAAAAAAAAAAUAUAAUAAUAACAAUAAUAAUCACUAUGAUGUAAAUGAACUAGAAAAAAUACUAUCAAAUAAUUUAAAAUUAUUCAGAGAAGAAUAUUUAAAAUUAUUUAAGGAUUUUCAGAAUUCACCCAUUUGGACUAAAAUUAAUAAUAAUGAUAAUGAAAAAGUUCCUUUUUUUAAAAGAACGAAUAAAUCCUAUAGCGACUGUGAUUAUUAUUUUGCAAAGAAUGUGAAAGAUAUGAAGAGAAAAAGAUUGAAGAAGAAUAUGCUAUUUAUGAUAAGAAAUAAUAUUGAUAACAUUUGUCAUUAUUAUGAAAAGUAUUAUGAAAAAGAAAAAAAAAAUGUUUUAAAUUUUUUUAAAGCAUUAGAUGAAAAUAUUUAUUUUUAUAAUAGCCUAAGUGAUAGUUCUAUGAAUAAUUCUUCGUCUUUUAUUAUGGACUGCGUUUCUCAAAAUAAAAAUAAAAAAUUUAAAAUUCUUUUUGUUAACAAAGAUCCUAGAAAAAGACGAGAAUUUGAUAAAUCAGUAACACAGUUGGCAGAAAAAUUAAAGCCAAAAGUUUCAUUAGUAUGUGGCAAAGAUAAUUGGGAAUCUACGUUCUAUGCCUAUUGGUACAAUAACGAAGAUGGAAAAAAAAUAAAAAGCUUUAAGAUUUAUAGAGCAAAUUUAUUAUGUGAUAAAAUAAGAGUGAGAGCUGCAAGAAAAAUUAGAAACUUUUUAUAUAUUAAUGAUAUUAUUUAUGAUAGUGAUGAGAAUUUGGGAAAAGAUAUAAUAAAGGGAGAGGAAACAAAAUAUCUUAUUAAUGAUCUUAUCGAUGACAAUAGCAUCCAGUUGAAUAAAUCUAAUGAAAGUUGCAUACAAUAUUCAGUAAAUAAAUAUGAGGAAAAUAAUAAACUUGUAGAAUAUGGUACAAAUAAUGAGAAUAAUAAAAAUUAUGAAAAGAAAACAAGUAAUGAAAAUAAUCUAAGUGAUGCAAAUAGUACAAAAGAUAUGAAUAAUUUGGAUAAUAUAUAUAAUUCAAAUGAUAAUUAUACAGAUAAUAAAAAUGAAAAAAACGUUACGUUACAUUUAGAUAAAGGAUCAGAUGACAAGAAGAAAAUAUGUAAUAUAAUUAAAACAGAGAAUGGGUAUGAAAGAAUUGAUAAUAUUUCUAAAAGAAGAAAAAGUUCCCCAAAUAAUCAUAAUCCAAGAAAUUUCAAAUUAAAAAAAAAAACGAAAAAUGAUUUAAAUAUAUCAAAUUAUAAUGAUAGCGUAGUUAUUUAUGAUAAUUAUUACAAUUAUGGAGAGGAUUAUUGUAAGAUCGUAAAAGCAACAAGUGAAAAAUAUGAAAAAAAAAAUGUGUACAUAACUGAGUUGUAUAAUGAUAAUAAAAAAAGAAGAAGCAUGUGGGAUUUACUAAUGGAAUGCACUGAAGAAAUAUUUAAUGAAAUGGGUAUAAAUCAGAAUAAUUUUACAAUUGAAGAAUGGAAAAUGUUAAUGGUUAUGUUACAAUCAAGGUAUGGGUAUGGUAGUGAUUUAAGGGAAACUUCUAUAGCUAUGUCUAGAAUUCCUUUUUCUACUCAUAUGGAUAUUGAUAUAUGUUCGAACUAUGGUAGUAAUAACUACAUUUUAAAAAAUUUAAAAUAUUAUGAUAAAAUUAAAAAAAAUGAACAGAUUCCUCACAUCGGUUACUUUAAAGAUAACAGUAGUGCAGAUAAAAUAGUUGUUGAUGGAUGGAAAUGGUUAAUUAAUUAUUUAUCAGAAGAUAUACAAAAUAAAAUUUUUCUUAAUACUGUAGCUGAACUUGUUCAAAUUAAAAAUGAAGAUGAACAAGAUAGUGAAGACAAGUAUAUUUAUUAUUAUAAUAAAGAAUAUAAAAAAAGUCAUUUAGAUAAUAUGACCCAUAAAAGUAAUAAUUUCGACAACAAUAACUAUGAAGAAAAUGAUUCUAACAAAAAUUAUAACCUUAUAGAAAAUGCUUUAAAUAAUAUUAAUUACCAUAAAAAAAAAAAUUUUAAUAAAGAUACUCAAAAAGAUUAUAACUUCGAUAAAAAUAUCCAAAAAAAAAAUAGUUUAGAUACAUAUAUUCGGAAAGAAAGUUCCUUUGAUUCAAAUAUUCAAAAUGAAAUAAAUAUUGAUAAUAGUUUCCAAAAAAGUAAUGAUUCUUAUAAAAGCUGUAAAAAUGAUGAUGAUACAAAGGAGGCUCAAAAUUAUAAAAGUAAUUACAAGCCAUGUGAUAACGUAGACAAUUACAACGUUUUUAUUAGAUGUAAGAGCUAUAAUAAUGCAUCAAAAAGUAUAAAUAAAAGUUUUCAUGGCAUAUAUGAUUUGAAAAAUAUCGAUUAUUUAAAUAUUAAUAUAUAUGCAAAAUAUGUUAUUGUAGCCUUACCAUUAGGUUCGUUAAUAAAUAAUGAUAAGAAAAAAAGUAGAAAAACUUGUUUAAAAUUUGAUCCAGAGUUACAUCCCUUAAAAAUAAAAGCUCUCAAUCAUUAUAAAAUGGGUAAUCAUAAUAAAAUUAUUUUGAGAUUUUAUCCAUAUAGUUUUACAUGGCCAUUCGAUAGUUUACAGUUAAAUUGUUUAGAUCAAAAAUUUCAGUUUCUUAAUUUGCAUGCAUAUGGCAAGGUUGGUUGUGUUUUAGUUCAUUGUUUUCCUCCUUGGUCAUCAACGUAUGGUUAUAUAAAAAAGGAAUAUUUUAUUGUAAAUGAAUGUUUAUACACUUUAAAUAAAAUGUUUGAAAAAAGUGGAAAAAAAUUACCUAUAUUAGUGGAUUAUAUUGUAACAAAAUGGCAAGACGAUAAUUUCUCUUUUGGCUCAUAUGCAUAUCCACAUGUUAAUUGCAAUGAUAACGAUUUAAUCUAUUUGAGAUCACCUCAUCCAAUUAGUAAACCAAAAGUAGUUUUCUGUGGAGAAUAUUUGUCAAAAAGUUAUUUUCAGUGUGUAGAUGGAGCAUAUGAUACAGGUAUACGAGCAGCUGAAGAUAUUGCACACAUUGGAUUAAAGUUAAAAAGUUUGGAUAAAAAAUAUUAUAAUACAGAUGUUUUUUUUUUUCCUAAUAAUGCAUGCCCAUUUACUAAUAUACCUUUACCUAAAAUACAAAAUUCUUUACUUGGUUUUUACUUAACUGAUGGAAGUGAUGAGGCAAUUACUGAUUAUGAAAGUACUACUGAUGAAGAAUGCUUAUCUAAUAUUCCCAUUUCAGUGAUGAAAAAAGAAUAUAAUUUUUUAGCUCAUUCUUUAAAUAAAAUUCAGAAUUUUUUUUAUUAUUUAAAAAAAGACAAUUUUUGCAAAAAUUCUCAAGAACAUAAAAGAGAAAAAGAGAAAAAUAAAAAUAAAAACAAAAUAUGCUAUAUGCAUGAUAAUCUUUCUAAUAAACCUUUAAUUAGUUAUAAGGAAACAGUAAUAAAUGAUGUUAACAAUAACUACUAUAAUAAUUACUCAAAUAAAUGUGAAUACGAGAAAAAUGUAGAUAUAAGCAUUCAUGCAAAUGAACUUCAUUCUGCUAGCAAUGAAAAAACAAAUUAUAAAAGUGAUUUAAUUUUAUCAAAGGUAUAUUCUGCUGAUAGUGAAAAUAUUACAAUUAAUGUAAGAAGCAAAAUUUUAUUCACUCAUGAAAACACUAAUGCUGAUGCAAUUUUCAAGGAUAUAAAUAAUGAUCUAUGUUUUUAUGAAAAUAAAAAUGAUAUAAAUUCUGACGAAAAUAAUACAAAAAAAUAUAAAGCUAUUGAUAAUGCUUAUAAUGAUAGAAAAUACUUUUUAGAUACAUUUGAUGAUAAUUUAAAUGAAAAUAAGAAAAAUGAUAAAAGCAUAUUUUUUUUUAGAAAAUUUAAUAAUAAUUUAGAUUUAUAUGUUGACAAAUAUAUAAUAAAAAUUAAGGAUGCUAUUUUUUAUAAUUAUAAUACAAUAGAAUUAUAUUUAGUAAAUAAUGAAAAAAAUUUAAAUUUGGUAAAAUCCAAAUUUUUAUUAUGUGAUUCUUUAUCAGCCAUAAUAAGAAAAUAUUAUCACUUUCUGUUUUUCAUACUAAGAGAAUUACUUAUAAGUGCUGAAGAAUCUAAGCAUUUUCUUUUUAAUGAUUUAAUUAAUUUUACAAAUAUAGAUUUUCUGUCUUUUUUUAGUGAAAAAAAAAAUGAUAGAUUAAGUAAAGAAGAGAAAAAAAAUUUGCUAAAUGGAAUACCAAUAAAUAGUGAAAAUAUUGAUGUAAUUAAAGAACAUAUAGAUGUUAAUUCCUUAAGUGAGGCAGUUAAUAAAAUAGAUAAUACUAAUAACUUAGAAAUACAUUUUACUUUUAAUAAAAAUGUAAUUUGUAAUAUUAAAAAUAACGGUACACAAAAUGGUUAUGUAAAUAGUAAUGAUAUCAAAGAAAAUAAUAGUGAAAUAAAUAAUAAAUGUGAAAAUAAUAAAGAUAAUUAUAAUAAUGAAGAAAAUGGCAAAUUAAUUAAUGGAAAAAAAAAUGAGAAAAACACAAUAACAAAUGGAGAAGAAAGGGAAAAUAGUGAGAUUGCCAUGCACUAUAAAAAAAAAUAUUUAUAUAUUCAGAGCAAAAAAAUAAUUUAUUUAAAUAAUUAUUUAAAAUAUGUGUUGAAUCAUAUAUCUGUAACUAAAAUAAUAUCAGAAGAAAAGACUGUAAAUAUAAAUAAUUGUAAUAAAAUAAAAUUAAGUACGUCAGGUUUUCUUUUUUUUAUUAGUUAUAUUUUACAACACAUAAUGAAACAAUUGAAUUAUGAUUUAUAUCAUAGUUUGAUUGACGAAAACAUAAUUAUUCAACUUUUAUGCGACUAUAUUUAUUAUUUAAUUUUUUAUAAGCAUGAUGUCUUAUGUUAUAAAUGUAUGAAUGGAGGAGAAUUAAUUAUGUGUGAUUUUGCUUGUUGUACUAAUGGCUGGCAUUCUUAUUGUUUAUUUUCUAAUUCUAUUUGCAAAGAAGUCAAAUUAAAAAAAUUUUGGUUUUGCCCCAACUGUUCAAAUUCAUCAAAACAUGUUCAGAGGGGUUGUUACAACCAAGAUGAAAUAAUGAAAAAUUAUUGGAAAAGAAGAGUAUAUAUAUACAAAAUAAAAUUCUUUUUAUCAAGAACUAGAAAAAUUAGAAAGAGAUUAGAUUUAUUAAAAAUGGAGUUAUCGAAAAGGAUACCUUAG